CACUCAGUCUCUAUUCGAACACAAGAGAUUAUCUUGCGCGCACUUUAAGUUGAAUCAAAGCUUUCAUUCGGUGUGCAUCGCUUUUUUAUUCGCGUUUUCUGUCAUUUUUCUCUAUUUUGAAAAUUUUUAAUUCACAUGUCAUGUGAAAAAAAAGUGUUAUUUCUUUCAAUUUUAAUACGAAAUAAUAGAAAUUAAAUAAAAUUUUAAAAAAAUUAUUUUCAUGUAAUUAUAAUUAUUGUAAUUAAUAAUUAAUAAUUAAUUAUAAUUCCAAUAUAUUGCAUUUGAAAAAAUAAUUUUAAAUUAAAAUUCUACUUACGUAGAGAUUUAAAAGUGACAAUAAAAUUGUAAUUUAUCGUAUAUAAAUAAAUUAAUUACAAAAUUUUUCCAAGAGAAUUCCAAAAUAAUUGUGAUCAAAUUUGAUUGAAGUGAGAAAUGGCUCCAACAGUAUGUAUGACAGAGUUUCCAGAGACGGGAAAAUCCCACAAAUGUGUACGUCGAAGACAAAGAAUUCAAGAAAAAAAUAUAAGUAAAAAAGUGGAAUUAAAAAAAUUGUCGAAUAAGAAAUUUGAAAUUCAAGAAAUAACAACACAUCCAUUAAAUUCAAUUAUUUCACGACCACAAUGUCCAAUGGAUUCUUACGUUCCAAUUAUUUUAAGAUCAUCACGACAAGUCACUUCUUCAGCUAAUGACAAUCAAUGGAAAAUAGCAAUGAGACGAGAUGGUCUUGUUGACAUUUUCAUAAGGACAAUUGCAUUGGUAAGAAGAAAUCACAUUUUACAAAGGCGAGUGAAUGCACUUCGGGAGGAAACACAAAAUUUCAUUUCCUCAAUGAUGAACAAUUCAGGAAAUGAAUCAGAGAAUGAAAAUAUUUCUCAUUCACAAAAUGAAAAUAGUCAAGUUUCCUCAACGACGGAAAAUAUUACCAGAUCAUCAUCUUCAAUUAAUGUAAAAACUACGAAAAUUUAUUCAAAAUCAUUAAUAAUUAAUGAUUCUAGAAGUGAAGAAAAAAAAUUAAAUUCAAAUUCCAAAUUCACAAAUGAUUCAAGAACUGAUCGUGAAUCAAUAAAUAAAGUUUCUUCUUCCAGUGAAGCAUGUCACUAUAGGACAUAGAAAACUUUUUUUUUUAGCUUAUUAAAAGCUGUAAAUAUAAAUUUUUUUUCGGUAUUAUAUUUUCGCAUCUGUGAAAAGAAAAAAAAAAAAGAAUUACAAUAAAUUCUCAAUGGGAAAUUGAAUCGAGAGAAAUAUAUAUUAUAAUUACAUAGUAUAAUAUAUAAAAUAA